AUUUGACUAUUUAUAAUAUUUAAAGCUAUUUUUUGCUUAAUGUUUAUUUGGUUAUCAAACUAAUAAUCUCCGCAGCAAAGCUUCCCCAGUUUCAAGAUGGACGACUGUACCUUGAAAAAACUUACGGUGAAACCUGGAAAACUUACGCCUGAUUUUAAUGCAAACAUCACAGAGUAUAACAUGACAGUUUCAAGUAAAGUUGAAAAACUCAGUGUUGACCCUGUCACCAACGAUACAAGUGCCUCUUAUUCCAUUGCGGGAAGUGGAGGAUCAAAAUCAAUACCUCUUACAGAGGGACAAGUGACAAGCAUCAAAAUAGAGGUUUCGGCAGAAGAUGGAACUACCAAAUUCUACUUUAUUCAUGCAAAGCGUCUCUCUGGAAAGGAUGCAAACCUCGUGAAUUUAAAUAUUGAAAAAGCAAUACUUCUGCCAGAUUUUGAUCCUGCAGUACUUGAAUAUAGAUGUAAUCUUCCUUGUCAGAUGGCAACAGCAAAAGUUGUCGCAGCUGUUGCUGAUACUGCAAGUGAAAUUCUUAUCCAAGGUGCUAAUGAUGGUGUGCUUGAAUUGUGCGCGGGUGAGACCAGAGCUGAAAUACAGGUGACUUCCGCUGAUGGUUCAAACAAACAGACAUACACAGUGGACAUACUCCGCAAGCCAAUUCCAAGGUUUGUUAAAUUUGUUGAUCCAAAGAAAGCACUGGAGUUUGAAUGUCCUUUCUCUCUGGGACCUCUGUAUGCACCCAUUACAAUCAAGAACAGUAACCCUAAACACACGUAUUCAGCCCCAAUCAUUGACUCGCUGACUAGGACAUCAAAAUAUGAUCCUUUGAAUGGCCAGCCCCUGCCAUUAGACUGGAGAGUUGUGGACAGAGAGCUUGACAAAAAAAUGUCAGAAGAGCCUGCAGUUGUACCACUGACUUAUGGUGGCUCUACAGAACCUGUCAAGUUUGGCCAACUAGCAAGUCAGCUGGACAAGUACACUGUAGAACCUAAAGUAGAGGAUCCUAAAGACCGCUUUCAGAAAUCAGCACUUUCCGUGAAACACAAAGUUGAGUCAUGGAAAUGGGAACAGCAGUUACAACAGGUGUUUGAUGAGACUGAUCCCAGCAAACUGAUCAGGUUUGCUGAAAAUCAGUUAGGACUGUACUUUGAAAAUCUCCCUAAUACAGCACAAGGCUACAAACAGUACAGAGAUGGAGAAUCUCCAAUGGAUUUCCUGAACAAAGCAAUUCAAGGUUAUGCUACAGCCCUUAAAUUCAAACCCAAGGAUCCUAGUCUCCAUCUUCUUCUAGGCAUGACCUUAGAAGAGGCAUUCUUUGCUGAGGACAUGUUUGGUCUGAAAAAAGAGACGCAUGACGAAACACCAUCAUUUAACAUCAAAGCCAAAGAAAGCUCCAAAGAAGAGGAAGUGCUGGCAAUCUGCAAACUUCGAGGAGUUGAUGCAAGUGCCCCUGUCAGUCUACAGCUGAAAGCACUAGAUGAAGAAUACCACCAUCUUCUGGAUACAGGUCAAAGUAGUAAGGCUGACCAGCUUCAGAAUCUCUUUGUGUGGUAUUCCAAGAAGGCUUCCCAGGAAGGUGCCGUAGCUCACAAAGCAGAAGAUUCUUGCAACCCCUUGGGACAAGCCUACAUCAAGUACCUGGAUGCCCUGUCACUGGAAGAGGGGGUGGCCACAAACAAUUUUCAUGUUGGCCGUUUGCUGGUCAUGCAGGGAAACUAUGAAGAUGCUGUCAAGCGCUUGGAGGCAGCACUGUGCUGGAAUCAAAAGUACCAGUUAGCCAGAAUCUACCUAGGACUUGCACUCAGCCUUCAGAAGGGCGGUCCAGGUGACAGAAUACAGGAGUGUGUGUGUUACUUGCAAGAGGGUAUGGAGACCCUGUUGACUGACCUGACUAAAAAGGCUGCUACACCUCAAGAAAACUUAAGGAAGAAUAGCCUGUAUGCAGAAAACCUUGUGCAUCCAACUAAUGUCCACUUAUUGCGAGGUCUCAUUCAGCUAGGUCGCCUUCUUUUGUCUAAUCAAGGGAUCAAAGAGGCCAUGAGCCCACAUGACGUGUUUCACACUGCAGCUCUCCUUGCAAGCCAGGCAUUGCCCACUGUGUAUAAGGCUGAUGUGUAUAAGCAGCUAGAGUGGGUGUUGCUUGAGGCCCAUGCCAUGCUGUUAGAGAUUCUGUCUGCAAAGGGAGAGAAUGAGGAGCUGAUUGCCCAGCGGUGCCACCGCCUGUCAGCACUUAUUUACACGACCACUAUUCCUCAGAACCAGCAGCUGUUAGAUCUACAAGAGAGAACAUGUCAGAAUCUGGUUCGAAUCCAGCCUUGCAAUAGUCAUGCCCUCUUUCUGCUGGGCUCAGCACAGAUGAGCAAGUAUGAAAACAGUAGUGGAGAGAAAGCCAAAGAAAUGAUUUCUGGUGCUAAAGCUUCUUUUGAGGCAAGCAUCAAUUUGCAAGGAAAACCCUCAGAAGGGGAAAUACUUGAGCUGAUUUCAGGCCAGAAAUGGUAUCAGGAAAGGAUGAAGAUUAACGAAAAAGAGCAAACAGCUGCGCCACCGAAAGAUGGGGCCAAAGCCAUUGCUGCCCCAGCACCAGGGAAAGGAGGGGCAGCUGUGGGACAAGGGGCAGUCGGUAGAAGUGUUGCCACAGCACCACCAAAGGGAGCUGCUACCAAGGCAGCACCAGCCCCAAAGAGUGUUGGAGGGGGACCUGCACCUGCUGGAAAAGGACCUGUAAAGCCUCCACCAGGGAAAGCUGGACCACCAGCGCCACCUGCUAGCAAGCCAGCUGCAGGCAGUAAGUCUGGCCACAAACAUGAUGCAGCCCCUCCCAUCUCUAAAAAUUCACAGAAACCCAAGCCUGCAGCACCUGCACCGCCUGCAGCACCAAAUCCUGAACCUGCUGCCCCUGCAGCUAAAUCAGAAGCUCCGAAGAAGGUGGCACACAUCAACCCCAAGUCAUUCAACCCUUACCUUGGUCUAGCACGUGUACUUCGUGCCCUAGAUCAGCCUAAAGAAGCACAAAAGUACUUUGAAAUUGUUAUCAAGAUGGCGCCAGAUGUCCACGAUGCCUACAUUGAAUGUGCAGAAAUGCUGCUGACGUCAGAUCCACUAGCUGCAGUUGAUGUUUAUGCUAAGUUUCCAGUGUCUGAACAGCUCAGCUUUGAUGAUGCAUACAUCUUUGGCGAAAUUGUACGAAUACUAAUGAAGCAUGAGAAGUACGAUGAUGAGAGACUGGCAAAAAAUAUGAUCUCUUAUGGAAGGAUCCUUGGUCUGGGUAGCCUAGAAAAAUAUGUCAAGAUCUUGGAGGAGAAGUUCAAAAAUGAUCUGCUGAAAAAGGUUUAUGCUGGAGUGAAUGGGAAGUCUGUGGAUGAUCCUGAUAUGCAGAACUUUUUCAAGUUUAAAUGCUGGGCAUAGAAUUUCUACCAUUAGUAGCUUGCUGUGAUUGACACUACUGGUGUCGAUAGACUGUAUCCUACAGUGCUCAUGCAUUCAGGUGGCACGUUGAAUAGAUUUGCUUUAAAAUAAUGGUACAUAAGAAAACAGUAUUUUACGGUUUUUAAUGUAAGAAAUGUUUUUCAUAAUUUUCUAGGGUACUUCCAGUGGCAAGAGUGACAAUGUGAUUUAGUAUUGAUUUUUAACAUUGAUGUUUUGUCAUGUUAUUCAUGUGAAUGCAAUAUGCUCAAUAGCAUAAACUGCUCUAGUGACACCCAUCAUGGUCCCUAUAAAGAACCAGGCACUACACUGUUCUUUAAUGACUAUUGUCUAAUGUGGCUUUCUCAAGUAGAACAGGAAUUGAACAGUGUAGAAGAAUCGCCUAAACAUGUAGGAAAGAUAGAAGAAAACUUAUCUUCUGCUUACGCAGCCAACAAGCAACCAAUUCCUUCAUGCUACGACCACAAAGACCGUUUAUGUUUGUGUUGAGUGUACAAUAUAUUUUACUACCUGUUUAUCAAUACUUCCUAAAUUAAAAAGUGUGUUGCUUCAUACACCUUAUAGUACUGUGGAUUAAAGAAAAAAAGUGCAUCUUUCUCUUGCCAAGUCUUUGACAGCAUGUGCAAGCCAGCUAGUUAGAUCUAGACUAGGCAAUGCAGUUAAAUUACAGCCAAUGGUAUAAAUGCAAAGGUUUAUUUUUAAUCCAAGUCACAAACACAUUGCAAAAUAAUUUGUUAGAAAGUACACAUUCGCGUGUUUUUGCGCAGAUCAAGACAAUGCUUUGAAAUGCAACACAUAAUUGGAAACCACCACCACGAUUAACAUUUUAAGGUUCUCUUUCCUGGAUGUGUGAUGUCUCAUGUACCACUCCCCACAUGCACAGCUGUUUGGUCAAUAAAAAUUUUUUUGUGUCUUUUUUAAAUAGUAACAGUGAAAGUAGGGAAUGUAGCUCAAUGGUAGAUUGUGCACUACUGUUUGCUUUAUAACAUGCAAAGCUCAAGUACUAUUAUAGAUGACACAGCUUUGCUUAUUUUUGACUGUACGACAAGUGAACAUGAGGCCACUGAAUACAUAUUAACAACAAUCUUGUAAAAAAACAGAUCUCAUCUUUUAAGUUGGAAGCAAGCAACAAAUAAUUUACAGUUACUUGUGAUGUCCAGUCCAUCUUAACGGAAAUCCAUCCUUCCAUACCCAGUCAUAAAGCACAAGAAUGGGAACAUUUCUGGCACCGAAGACUUAAAUUAAACUGUAAGCAACAACCAUGAUUAGAACACACAAGAUGACAUCCCCAAAAAAACACAACGGCAAAGCCAUUAUUUACAUUUUUAUUGUUGAUACUCCAGUGCUGCUCUGAAUACAGGCCAAAACGGUAGAGAAGCCAAUAGCUUGGAUCAGGGCAGACAGAUAAGCAUAGAAACCAAAGAAACAAGAUAUUCCUUUUGUUUGUCCUUUUUGUUCUUUCGUACCGCUUGCACUCAACAUGCCUCAGCUUAGCACAAGACAUCCAGCAACACACAAAAGGAGUACUUUAGGGGCCCAUGCAGUUGCCUCUCUUAUCUUCAGCAAAACUGGCAGCUUCCUAACAAAGACUUUAGCACCAUUGUGGUCCAUGCAGAGGAAGUCAAGAAAUCUAUCAAGUCAGAGACCAAAGAGACUGUGGCAGGAUGCUCAUAACGGCGCCAUUUUCCAGGUCAAGCCAACUACAAAUAAUCCGCAGUAAACGACUAACUGCUGGACACUUUUCUGAUUUGUUUAAGGUAAAAAAAGAGUAGAUCAUCAAUCACCAAACUGGUUAAGUACUAAUCUAGCAGCAGCUCUGAACAAAAAGCACGCUCUGCUAACCAGUCCCCGCAUGCUGAAAAAAAGAGAGCACCGACACAAACACCUAAAAUCCCUCAGGUGAACAAGCACAGCAAGAAAAAAUGCCAAUGUUGUGGAAAAGUAUUCUGCGGGACUAAUAUGAGGGGGGUGGGGGAAACAAAAACAAAACCAAAAAAAAAAAAAAAAA